UCACUGUACCUGCGUUCCACGGUAUCAUGGAGAUAUUUGUCCAGGAGUUUGAUAACGUUUUAUUUCACCGGUGCUCGUGUCGGGUGAACACUCUCUGGCAAAACGACCGCUGAAUAAGCAUUACUGCUGCAAUCGUCUGUCCGGUGAGUUGUGUUUGAAGACUUUCUUGUCAAGUGCUGAGAGGGCAGUUUCAAGAUGGCGGACAGAGUACCUUCCAUACGUCUGAACAGCGGUUACGACAUGCCUAUGCUGGGCUUAGGAACCUACAACAGUUUCCGGCCAAACGAGGUUGGUGAUGCCGUGAAAGCUGCAAUACAGAUGGGAUACCGUCAGAUUGACACAGCCUGGAUCUAUCAAACGGAACAGGAAAUCGGAGUCGCCAUUAAAGAACUGAUUAAAGAAGGAAAAAUAAAGAGGGAAGAGCUGUUUAUUGUGACGAAGAUUUGGGGCCACUGUCACGAACCAGAUCAGGUCGAGCCAGCGUGUCGGAAGUCACUGGAGGCCCUGGACAUGGAUUAUGUAGAUCUGUACCUGAUACACUUUCCCGUGGCCUACGUUGACAAGGAAAGGACCAAGCCGACCAUGACGGACUACCUGGACACGUGGAGAGCCAUGGAGAAGCUGGUGGACAAGGGCCUUGUCAGAUCUAUCGGCGUCUCCAACUUCAAUGCACAACAGCUGGAUAGGAUUCUCAAAAUGGACGGUCUCAAGUACAAGCCUGCAAAUAACCAGGUGGAGAUAACUCCAUACCUGGCCCAGGACGACCUCCUGCAGUUCUCCCUGAAGAACGGCAUCUCAACUACUGGUUAUGGGCCGUUCGGAGCGCCGGGACAGGUGUAUAUACCCAAGGAUGCCCCAAAGUUCCUCGAACACCCAACCAUUGUCGAUAUCGGAAAGAAAUAUGGCAAAUCUUCAGCUCAGGUGAUCCUCAGAUGGGGCAUACAGAGAGGCUAUGCUUUGGUUCCUAAGAGUACGAAUCCAUCUCGUCUGGCCCAGAACAUGGAUAUAUUUGACUUUGAGCUCAGCAAGGAGGAUAUGAAGGCAAUGCUAGCUCUGGACAAAGGCUACAGAGUCAACCAUGAACAGUUCCUACCAUGGAAAGACCAUCCCUUUUAUCCCUUUGAGAAGUAAACGUGCACGGCACAGUCAAACAAUCGACGACGGUCAGUUUAUUGUCUGCAAGAGUUGUAACCAAUAUGUCAUAAUUAUAUGAAGAGAAAUUAGCUGACAUGAAGAAGUGAACUGGGACAGCACAGAUUACAAAGUCAGAAAAUCACCACGGCCAGAGAAUUGUCUGCAACAGAGCUUCCUAUUAUUUGUGUGGUCGUCUUCAGUAUGAAACAAAAGCAUUUGGACUGUAAUUGUAAGGACUUUGAAUAAAUAUAUAUCAUGAUGACAUUGUAUACUUACGAAAUGUAAUUUAGUUUCCCAUGUAAUUAAGUAAUUAAUUAGUGAAUUCAGGGAGCUGAGGAUACAAAUCUGUAGUGUACGGUAGUGGACUGUAAACUGCCUGUGAUAAACAUGCAGCAUCGCUUUGAGCAUUAUAUAUGGUGCAUUUAUUAUAGAUAUGUACAUCAAUGAAUGAAGGAUAUGAUAAUAAAAAUCCAUCCGCAAAAAAAUACAUUGA